AGAAUAGUCCGCAGCAGGGUUCCCCUUGCCGUGUGUAGUCCCAGGACCUUCGACUAAGCGCUGUCAAUCGCAGGCUGUCCUUGUCAGGCAUUUAGCUUCUGUUGUUGGUGGCCAGCAAACGGCUUCUGAAAUACUCUCGUGACAAUACGCAAGUAGCUGGAAACCGGUGGAGCGGAGAAUGGACCCAAACCAGCAUUAAAACUGUAGUUUGUAGAUAGGCGGUGAGACAUAAACGAUGCCAUCUCGAGAUCGACACACCACUUCAAUUCACAACAUCGGGGAAAAAUCUGGGGGAAUCUGUACCGGAUAAAACAGUCACGCUGUAGGCUCGCGGUCUUAAUAAACACGUGCUGAGCCUCUUGCUAAACUAAUUUACGAUGAGAAUUCCUGGGAUAACGACUGGAUGGACUCGUGCCCGGCGCAGCUCGCCACGCUCACCGGCGCUGGUCUGAGAAAUACAUCAGCUCAGUCAGAGAGGAAGAGGGACAGGGAAAGAGAAGGAUUGCAGAUAUCUGAAAUAUUCCUAGCGUACUGGCGCGUGUGUUGCAGCAGACAUCGGGAGGCUUGUACUUUGGCAGACAUCACUCACGGGCCGGCUCAUAAAACUAUAGACCUCUCCUUCGCACGCAGGAGACCCCAGUGUAUGUAAGUUGAAGGAUUGAUACUGGUGGAGCUACAGCACAACACGUAUACGUACGGCUGUGUGGUGAGCAUCCCUCCGUUGGCCAUUCAGAUAUUCGCUCCCUGUCACUCAUCCUGCAAACAUUUUUUUGUCGCCGAAGCUUGGAAUGUAGGAAAAGCGUGUGUUCAAUUCCUCUUUGACAGCCAGCAUGCGGCCGAUGAGCUUCCAGAUCGGUUUGGAUCGGAUGUAGUGAUAAUUAUUUGAGUAUAACAUGCCGCCUUCCGUAAUGGACAAUCUGGAAUAUGCACCGCUUUGGACUAUGGAGCGCAGAGGACCCGCGGUUAUCUGUGGGGCGUCAAGUCGACGAAAAAAUCGCUCUGGUGACCUGGUGUGCAUUCGACGCCUUCUAGCUCUAGCUAUCUUCUUAUUACCCUGGGCCAUCUGCAACGCAGCACCUUACCAACUAACAGACCACAAACACGGCCAUUGGCCCAACGACACAAUGACAGGCACGUCAUCGAUGACGCGUAAAAAACACAACUCUCACGUGGAGGGCAAGGAUCGCAACUGCAAACACGACCACGGCUCCAACAGCCGCCGGCAUCACCGCGACCGUCACCGCAACAACCCACACCGCCACCGGAGCAGAGACAACGAGGUGGUCCCCCUGAGGUCCACCGACGACAUCCUGAACGAAAUACCGACCUACGUGUCGGACUUGGUGGUCUUUUCCCCGGUCAAACCCGCCAACCCGCCCUGGUCCCCGGAGGCGGUCCGUGGCGCGGAGACAACAAACGAGGUGACGGAGCGGCACGUCCGCGACAAACGUAGCACCACGCAAGGCGAACCCUACCGGGCCGUCUGCGAACCGGACUCCAACUGGAUGGAGAAAACCUGGGCCUACGACAUCUUGGGCAACAACGUAACAGUCGUCAACGAGAUCACCACUUCAGACGGCACGCAGAUGAAACAGUGGUUUUUCCAAACGACUUGCAAGAGAACUCAGGGCGCGCCCACGACGCCCCAGACCUGCGCGGGCAUCGACUCGCGAAUGUACGAGUCUGAGUGCGAGGAGAAACGGUCCUUCGUGUACGCCGUGGUACGCACAGCGCGAGGUGAGCAAGGCUGGAAUUGGGUGACCAUCAGCACAUCCUGUAACUGUGCUUUCAGACCAGUAAGGAAUCCGAGUCGGCGGGCCUGGCCCCCAGCCUAUUCCUCCAUAGACGCUCAGACACAACCGACAAUACUCAGAGAACGAUGAAAACGUCAACUCGUCAAACUUUUCAACGACAGCGGAGGACAGGCAUAAGUAUAGUACGGGCAUUUCAAGCGAACGGUUUUGUCAGAAUGGAAAGUAUUUUUGUAAAAGACCCACACUUAUGAAAUGUUUGAGAAUUACUGAUGUCCAAGGAAAGUUUCCCUCAAAGAGUUUUUGACUUAAGCGCGAGCCACUUGACUGAAGUUAUUCGAAAAGUAUCCUUCAAUAGAACUAGGUGUGUACUUGGCCAAAGGGUAAUUUCGGUGAGUCAGUCUGGUACUUAAGUUUGAAAGGUCAUUUCCAAAAAGUCGGAAUAAGAGACCGAUUCGGCUGUCAGUAUUACGAUGACGUCACCUAAGUCAACUGGAUCAAGAGAUCAUGAGUGAUCGGUCUGCCAAGUCCAAGAGGGCGUGCAUUUCAGGUUCAGUCAGCCUUUUAUUGUGUAUUGAUUGACAACUGCUCACUAGGCUUAUACACCCCCCCCC